CUCUGCUCCUUGCUCGCAGGAAGGAGGAACCAUGGCUCUGGACGGUAUUCGGAUGCCGGAUGGCUGCUAUGCAGAUGGGACGUGGGAGCUGAGCGUCCAUGUCACGGACCUGAGCAGAGAUGUCACUCUGAGGGUCACGGGGGAAGUCCACAUCGGUGGCGUCAUGCUGAAGCUGGUGGAAAAGCUAGAUGUCAAAAAAGAUUGGUCUGACCAUGCCCUGUGGUGGGAAAAGAAGAAAACCUGGCUCCUUAAGACUCACUGGACCUUGGAUAAGUAUGGCAUACAGGCUGAUGCCAAGCUGCAGUUCACUCCCCAGCACAAACUGCUUCGACUCCAGCUCCCAAACAUGAAGUAUGUGAAGGUGAAAGUGAACUUCUCUGACCGAGUCUUCAAGGCGGUAUCCGACAUCUGCAAAACCUUCAACAUCAGGCAUCCAGAAGAACUCUCCCUCUUAAGGAAGCCCAGAGACCCCACCAAGAAGAAAAAGAAAAAAAUAGAUGACCAGUAUGAAGAUGAGACGCUUGAGCUGGAAGGACCGUUAAUCACCCCCGGAUCAGGCUCUGAUGUUCUUUACAUCGGCCCAGUAAAAGGGAGCAUUUAUUCGAGCCCAGGACUUUAUAGCAAAACCAUGACGCCAACGUAUGAUUCUCACGACGGAAGCCCUUUAUCACCGACUUCAGCUUGGUUCGGGGACAGUGCUUUAUCGGAAGGGAAUCCAGGUAUACUUGCUGUCAGCCAGCCAAUCACCUCUCCAGAAAUUCUGGCAAAAAUGUAUAAGCCUCAGACGCUUCUGGAUAAGGCCAAGAUCAACCAAGGGUGGCUGGACUCUUCAAGGUCGUUGAUGGAGCAAGAAGUGAAAGAGAACGAGGCCUUACUUCUCCGGUUCAAGUACUACAGCUUCUUCGAUCUGAAUCCUAAGUACGAUGCAAUCAGAAUCAACCAGCUCUACGAACAGUCAAAAUGGGCUAUCCUUUUGGAAGAAAUAGAGUGCACGGAAGAAGAGAUGAUGAUGUUCGCGGCUCUGCAGUACCACAUCAAUAAGCUAUCAAUCAUGUCCUCCGAAAAUCACUUGAACAACAGUGACAAAGAGGUGGACGAAGUCGAUGCCGCUCUUUCUGACCUGGAGAUUACUCUGGAAGGCGGGAAGACGUCCACGAUUCUGGGUGACAUCACGUCAAUCCCCGAACUUGCUGACUACAUUAAAGUGUUCAAGCCAAAGAAACUGACGCUCAAAGGCUACAAGCAGUAUUGGUGCACCUUCAAAGACACGUCCAUCUCUUGCUACAAGAGUAAAGAAGAAUCCAGCGGGACUCCAGCUCACCAGAUGAACUUGAGAGGAUGUGAAGUGACUCCUGACGUCAACAUUUCUGGUCAGAAGUUUAACAUCAAACUUCUCAUCCCUGUCGCUGAGGGCAUGAAUGAGAUUUGGCUCCGUUGCGAUAACGAAAAGCAGUACGCUCACUGGAUGGCAGCUUGCCGUCUGGCCUCCAAGGGCAAGACCAUGGCGGACAGUUCGUACAGUUUAGAAGUCCAGAACAUCUUGUCUUUCCUGAAAAUGCAGCAUCUGAACCCAGAUCCGCAGAUAAUCACCGAACAGGUCACGCUGGACAUCAAUCCUGAAUGCCUGGUUUCCCCAAGAUACCUGAAGAAAUACAAGAACAAACAGAUCACUGCCAGGAUCUUGGAGGCCCAUCAGAACGUUGCUCAGAUGAGUCUCAUCGAAGCCAAAAUGAGGUUUAUACAAGCCUGGCAGUCCCUUCCGGAGUUCGGCAUCACACACUUCAUCGCGAGGUUCCAGGGAGGUAAGAAAGAGGAGCUUAUCGGCAUCGCCUACAACCGGCUGAUACGGAUGGACGCCAGCACCAGUGACGCCAUCAAGACGUGGCGGUUCAGCAACAUGAAGCAGUGGAACGUGAACUGGGAAAUUAAGAUGGUCACUGUGGAGUUUGCGGACGAAGUCCGAGUGUCCUUCAUUUGCACCGAAGUCGACUGCAAAGUGGUGCAUGAAUUCAUCGGCGGCUACAUUUUCUUGUCGACGCGCGCAAAAGACCAGAACGAGAGCUUAGACGAAGAGAUGUUCUAUAAACUGACCAGCGGCUGGGUGUGAGUCCGAAGAGAGCACCCCCCCGUUAUACUGACACAAACCCAAUGGCCAUAUUAAUAUUUAACUUCAAAAAAAAGCUGUUAUUUGAAAUAUGCUGCUUAAUCAACUUAAGCUUGAAGUGUAUCUUCUUUUUUUUAAA